CUCUCCUCACACGCCUCUCUCCUCCCUCUCUUCAUUCUCUCCAAAAAUCCUCCAUUCAUCCUUGUUCUUGCAUCAAUUGGAGUUGAAACUUCAAGGUUCACCAAAGAAUCGCAUCAAUCUUUGUUUCUACCGUUCGUUUUGAUCAAGAAAGGGUUGUCGUGCGUACGUGAGCACAAGGAGCGAGAGUUACAUUGAAUUGUGUUUUGUGAUAUCUAAGCAAGCGAGAAUGCCACCGAGACGAGGACGUGGACGUGGACGUGGACGUGGGGCAGGCCGAGGCCCACGAGUGGAAAGUACUGGGGAAGAAAGAUCCGAGGGAAGUAUCGGAGGUCAACCCCCGCCUCCACCGCCACCUCCACUACAACCUCAAGAUAAGGAAUACAUUAAGACGUUCCGCAAAGAGAAACCCCCAAAUUUUGAUGGGUUAAGAGAGCCACAGAAGGCAGGGCCUGGAUCCGCGAGAUCGAGCGCAUCUUUGAGUUCAUGGUGUGCACGGACAGGGAGCGUCUGGCAUGCGUGACUUAUCAACUGACUGGGCCAGCAGAUCAUUGGUGGGAGACUAGACGAAGAACAGUGGACCCCGCCUGCCGAGAGGCUUUGACUUGGGAUGAGUUCAAGGAAGAGAUAUAUAAUAAGUACGUCCCUAUGAGCUACCGACGAGCCAAGACGGCAGAGUUCCACACUUUGAAGCAGGGAAAUAUGACAGUGUCGGAAUAUGACCGCGCACUUUGCGAGAUGACUCGUUAUGCACCUGAGUUGGUGGACACGGAUGAGAAGAUGGCCGCGAACUUUCACUCUGGCCUUAGGACUGAGAUAAGAGUGGCCGUGGCUAGCUGACAAGGAGUUCCUUACGCCGAGCUUUUGAGUUGCACCUUGGACGUAGAAGAGGCACUUCCUAAGAAUGAGAGAGUGACAAAUCCUACACCACCCACACAACAACAAAAUUAUCGAGACAAGAGGAAGUGGGAAGGAAACCGAGCCCAGUAUGACAACAAGAGACACCAUCCUACUUUCCGCCACCCUCAGAAUUUUGGCCAACAGGUUGUGCCACAACAAAGAGGAAAUCAGCCAAGGACACCUUACUGCAAUCGGUGCUCCAAGUUCCACGUUGGGGAGUGUAGAGUCGGAGGCACCCGAUGCUUUGCUUGUGGUGGGAAUGGCCACAUGUUCCGAGAGUGCCCGAACAACAACAAGGGUGGAAUGAGGAACGGGCAGGGACAGAGACCACCGCAACAACCACAACCGAUCCGGCAAGUCGCCCCACAACCAGCAAGGGCAUAUGCACUGAAAGGGAAUCCAAGACAGGAGCAACAGACCAAUAAGGGAAAAGAUAACUUGGCAGGUAUGGGAAAGAUCCAACAACUCCCUAUUAUUGUGCUGUUUGAUACGGGUGCUUCGCAUUCUUUUAUAUCAAUGUCAUGUGUGAAUGCCCUAGAACUUCCUACUGUUAAGCUUGAACCGAUUUUGAACGUGUCUUCACCUGUUGGAGGUCUGAUUGACAUUGCACGAACUUGCUCGAACGUAGAGUUUGUGUUAGGAGAAUUAGGAGUAGUAGCUCGACUUUUGCACGUUAUGCCUUUGGAGAACGUAGAUAUAAUUUUGGGAAUGGAUUGGCUGACCGAGAACCACGCAACGAUUCACUGUAAGGAGAGGCAGAUUUCUUUUCGAGCUCCUGGCGACGAGCCGACCAUCUUGCAUGGGAUUUCCUUGAACCGGCGAACCUCCAUAAUCUCUGCUUUACAAGCAACCACGAUGAUAAGAAAAGGGCGUUCGGCGUAUCUUGUGUACUUAAACGGAGAAGAAAAGAAGGAAUUGAAAGUGGAAGACGAGGCAGUAGUGCGAGACUUUCCCGAUGUGUUCCCUGAAAACCUACCUGGACCGCCGCCCGACAGACAAGUGGAGUUUACGAUUGACUUGGAACCCGGAUCUGCGCCUGUAUCGAAGGCACCAUACCGAAUGGCCCCUAAAGAGUUGGUUGAAUUAAAGAUUCAGUUGCAAGAACUGCUAGACUUGGGAUUUAUUCGGCCUAGUGUAUCACCAUGGGGAACGCCUGUUCUGUUCGUAAAGAAGAAGGAUGGAACGAUGAGGAUGUGCAUUGACUAUCGCGAACUCAACAAGUUGACUUGA